GUGUUACCAAGCCAAUUCAGGUCUACACACGUUAUGGUCACGGAUCCAAGGCUAAACGGCCCAGUCAACCACGGAUUGAGCUGUUGAAUUAGUCAUAUUUAAUUUAUUAAUUUCUGUUUCAGUUAUUUCCCAUAUUUCCUGCUUUGUAGGAGGUUGAUCCUCCAUUUCCCUUUUCAUGCUUAGUUGGGGAGAGUAUUUCUCCACUUAGAAGUAGUUACCUUUGAUGUAGGAAGUAGCAGUUACACUUCCUGUAUUUAAACGAAUAAUCAUCAAUGAAUGGAUACGUCCAAAAUCAAACAAAGUCUUGAGUACUUUAACUCAGAGGUAAGGCUCCCUCUUUGAGCCAAGUCUGUUAAUGACCCGUGGUCAAAAGAAGAAAAAAACCGCAUCUGAUUCCCAAACACCCAGCCUAAACACUCCAAAUCCUAACUUUCCCUCAACCCACAGACCCAUAACACGAUCUUACAAUAGGGACCCUAACAUACUGGUAUCAGAGCCUAACGUUAUGGGUGACUCUGUUCAAGAACAACUCUCUAAACUUUUUGACAUCGUGUUGGCUGAGCAACAAGCUAACAAAGAACGUGCUGCACAAAUGGCACAAAUGCAUUCCAAGAUGGAUUCUAUAUCCACCGAACUUGAAGCGGCCAAGCAGGCUCGACAAUCAAGCAGUAUCGAAAGUCAGGCCAAAUCACGAAACGAUAAGCAGACUUCUGGAACUUCGAAUUCUGACACAUCCGAUGGAAGUUCGAUGGUUCCGAAAUUUACUAAACUCAAUUUCCCUCGCUAUGAUGGUACAGAAGACCCCUUGGGGUGGAUUAGUCGUUGCAGGCAUUUCUUUCGUCAUCAACAUACGCCUGAAGAAGAGAAAGUAGAUAUGGCGUCUUACCAUUUAGAUGGAAUUGCUCAAGUCUGGCUCUUACAAUUCACUGAUGAAUUCCCUGAUCCUACUUGGGCCAAAUUCGAGGAACAGUGUCAUCUGCGAUUUGGGCCUUCGGUUCGAAGCAACAAGUUGGGCGAGUUAUCAAAGCUUCGGCAGUUGGGUUCUGUCACUGACUACCAAAAUCGUUUUGAGGCUUUGGUUUCAAGAGCUGGUGCCCUCACGCAAAAACAGAAGGUUGAUAUUUAUAUCAGCGGCUUGCAAGAAGCUAUUGGUGUCGAAGUUGAACUCCACCACCCACCUGAUUUAGCGACAGCGAUGAGCAUGUCAAGGCUGUACGAACGGAAACUCUUUUCACGUACUUCAAAUAUGCGCGAAACUCGUCGCAAUUUUUUUCCCUCUGAUGUCCGUGGCAAUCGUGUGGUAAAAAAACUAACCCGCGAUGAGAUGGAGGAGCGACGGCAAAAGGGCUUGUGUUUCAACUGUGAUGAGCAAUUCGUGCGGGGUCACCAAUGUAAGAAGCUGUUCUGGAUUGACUUAGAAGAACCAGCAGAGAGCGGGGUUGAUGGUUCUACCUCCGAUCUUGAUCAGCCGGAGAUUUCUUUGAAUGCCAUCACAGGUACCCCGAACCCUCAAUCCAUGCGGUUGAUGGGAAAUUGGCAGGGGGGACACAUCCUGAUCUUAGUCGAUUCCGGUAGCACGCACAGCUUUGUUUCUGCUGCUAAGGUGGCCGAAUUGGGAGCGGAGGUAAAUAAACAAGAUGGGUUGAAAGUUAAUGUGGCUAAUGGGGAUCGAUUGUGUAGUCCAGGUAUUUGUAAGGGAACUCCUAUUCUAUUAGAGUCCCACUCUUUUUCGGUUGACUUAUUUGUCCUUCCACUGACUGGAUUUGAUGUCGUAUUGGGAGUAAACUGGCUACGCACUCUAGGUCCUAUCCUAUGGGAUUUUGGGGUCAUGAAAAUGUGUUUUAUUCAGCAGGGGUCCUUAGUCGAAUUAAAGGGGCUGGGUUCCACUUGUUCUUCCAGCCAUUCGGAUCUUUACAACCUAUUGUGUUCUUCUUCAGACGACCAGCUGCAUAAAUUACUGACCGAAUUUAACUCUGUGUUCGACCCACCUACUGGAUUACCUCCCAGCAGAGCUUGUGAUCAUAGAAUUCCACUGGAGCCAGGAACCAAACCGGUGGUAGUCCGUCCAUACAGGUAUCCACAUGGGCAGAAGGAUGAAAUUGAGAGACAGUGUUCGGCCAUGCUACAACAAGGUAUUAUUAGACCCAGCCGCUCUCCUUUUUCCUCUCCGGUAAUUUUAGUUCCCAAAGCAGAUGGGUCUUGGCGUUUAUGCGUCGAUUAUCGGGAAUUAAAUGCCAAAACCAUCAAAGACAAGUUCCCUAUUCCGGUGAUUGAAGAGUUAUUGGAGGAGCUGGGUGGCGCUCGCUUCUUUACUAAACUUGACUUAUUAUCAGGAUAUUUCCAAGUCGCCAUGCACCCUCCAGACAUUGAGAAAACUGCGUUCCGAACACAUCAUGGCCAUUUUGAAUUUCUGGUGAUGCCAUUCGGUUUAUCAAAUGCACCCUCCACCUUUCAAGCCUUGAUGAAUGAGGUAUUCCAGCCUUUUUUACGCAAAUUUGUUCUUGUGUUCUUUGAUGACAUUCUCAUCUUCAGUAAUUCAUGGGCUGAGCACCUUCAUCACCUACGUUUAAUCUUUAAUUUGCUGGUGGAGCAUAAGCUGUUUCUCAAACGCAGCAAAUGUGUCUUCGGACAGGGUCAAAUUUCAUACUUGGGCCAUAUAAUUUCUCACAAAGGAGUCCAGGUGGAUCAGUCCAAAAUUUCAGCAGUUCUUGACUGGCCCAAGCCCACCACAGUGACUGGUUAA